UGUGUGAAAACUAGAACUUUGAUCUCAGCCACACCGAUUUACUCACAAACAAAUGAAACACUGAAAAAAACAAACAAUAACAUUUUUAGGUUGUUUAAACGUGAUGUAUGAGUCACUUAAUCUGAGCAGCCAAGGACCGCGGGGGGUUUGAAAGCGAUGUGCCGGGAGUCUGGGCGGCUCCAGUGACCCUCGAGCUCCCGGUCAGCGAUCGAGCUGGUGGGUAACAGACAUCCCUGAAAACGUCGCAGCACUUUUGCAAAUAUGAGGUGUCUUGAUAAACAGAGCAGACAUUUGAAGUUUGCACAGCUACGUUCUCACCAGGAAAUAUGUUAAACGUUUAUUUUGUGACCCAGAAAGAUUAAUAAGAGUAACAUUAACGCUAAAGGCUGCCGCCAUUGUUGGAAACUAUGAAUUCUGGGAUAGGUGGGCCACGAAGGACACACCCGAUCCAUCCUUCAAAUCUGGGGAAAAGGAGGACUCGUUUGGAGGAGUCUUCGAAUCAGGACAGCCUUUGUCACCUGGCUGUGAUGUAAUCGGCCUAUGAAUCGGGACAUACCUUGUGACCGCAGUUGUUUUACAGUGAUGAUGAUGACUGCAUUGAUUUGGUUCUGUUUCUAUGUGGAGAACGUCGUCGUCCACGCAGAGGGUCAAUAAAGAACCUAAAACAUGUUUCUGCUCACUGUUUAGAUUUAUUUAUUUUUUAAAUAAUUUUAAAUCCAGCAAAAGCUUCAGGAGGGAUUUGGGUUCAGCACCAGCAGCUCUUCAGAUGUAUUCAAAUCAAUCAUCCAGCAUCUGAGCAGGACGCCUCCUGGGCGAGCCCGUGGAUCCAGAACAGUCUGCUCACAUCCUGUCGGUCCACUCUGGUGUCAUCAGGUGUCGCUGAGGUGUUCAGGACACUGAGCGGCUGAUGGGCAGAGCCACAAUGAGGCAGAAUCAUAAAAUCACAGACUUAUAUAAAAAGUAGCCAGCGUGCUGUCAGUCUUUGACUCUGCACUAAUUAUUCUGAAGCCUCAGUGUUUGUCUUUUGUUUGCUGCAGCCAGCAUUCACAUAUUUUGUUUCAUUUAUUUAGAUUUUUGUUUUCCAUGAAUAACAGUGAUGAUGAGAGCAAUGCAGUGAGUCAGGUGUCAAUCAGCACCUGUAAAGAGGUAAACAUCUCAGACAGAAGCAAAUGAAUGUGAAAAAUGAUCGAAAUGGACAUCACAGCAGUCCCUCUGCAGUCUGGGGUUCAGGCUCCUCAGUGGGAGUUUGGGGGGUCUCGUUGGGCCCUUUGUGUCCUCGUGGCCGCCCCAGUUUUCCUCGGUGCAGUAACUAUUCCGUCCAGCAGGCGGCGGCAGCGCGUAUUGACUCAAGCCGCCAUUAUCCCGUAGUAGAAGGAGGAAGAACAGAGGGGAAGCAUCCAGGAAUUCUGCCACAGUUCUCCUGAAAAACCUCCUCUGCGCCAUGGAAAUGUCGGGAGCGGACAGCGACUGGAGGAGCCCACAGUUCCGACAGAAAGUCGUGGCUCAGAUCGAAGAGGCCAUAAGGAAGGCAGGAACCUCGAACACCACGCACAAGUCGGGCACGGACAUGGAGAACCACGUCUACGUCAAAGCCAAAUCCAGGGAGGAGUAUUUAUCUCUGGUGGCCCGGCUGAUCAUUCACUUCAGAGACAUCCAUAAGAAGGCUCUUGGAGGUUCAGAUCCCAUGAAUGCCCUGAAUACCCUGACAGGGGUUGGAGGGGGUCCUGGCGCCAUUGGCAUGGGGCCUCGCCCUGCCGGUGCUCCAGUGGGUGGCAUGGGGGCCAUGGGGCCGAUGCAGAUAGGCCAGCAUGCCAUGGCAGGGGUGGCUGGAAACCCACAAGCCAUCGGCGGACCGGGAUCUAUGCAGCAGUUGGUGCAGCAGCAGCAACAGCAGCAGCAGAACGCCAUGCAGUUCCAGCAGUUCCAACAACAGCAGCAGAACGCCAUGCAGCAGCAGCAGAACGCCAUCCAACAGCAGCAGCAGCAGCAGCAGCAGCAGAACGCCAUCCAGCAGCAGCAGCAGCAGUUCCAGGUGCAGCAACAGCUGAGGGCACAGCAGCAGCAGAUGCAGCAGCAGCUCCAACAGCAGCAGCAGCAACAGCAGGCCCAGAACCAGCAGCAGCAGAACCAGAUGCACCAGUCCAGGCUGCAGCUUAUGCAGCUCCAGCAGCACGCUCAGGCCCAGGCUCAAGCCCAAGCUCAAGCCCAAGCCCAGGCUCAGGCCCAGGCCCAGGCCCAGGCCCAGUCCAUCCAGCAGAUGGUGCAGCAGCAGCAGGUCCAGGCUCAGACUCAGCCGGUUCAGAUGCCUCCUCACUCCCAGCAGCAGCAGCAGCAGUCGGGCAUGGUGUCUCAGUCUCUGGCCGGACAGAUGCCAUCCCAGCACGUCUCUCUGAACCAGCAGCAGCAGAGGCUGCAGGCCUUCCAGGCCCGUGCAGCCUUGCAGCAGCAGCAGCAGCAGGCAGCGCAGCAAGCUCAGCAGGCCGCAGCGCAAGCACAGCUCAACGCAGCCGCCGCUGCAGCCGCCAUGCCGGGACAGCUGGUUCGUCCUGGGAUGCAGAUUCCAGCCCGGCUACCUCGAGCACCUCCGAACCCCAUCCCUCCUCAAAACGCCACCACCACUGCAGCUGGCGUGGUGGGAGUGCAGGCCAUGACACCGCAGAUGUCUUCGCCCUCACCGGUGCAGGUCCCGACUCCUCAGUCGAUGCCGCCUCCUCCGCAGCCGUCACCCCAACCCCCGACCUCACAGCCCAACUCGGCCAGCUCCGGUCCCACUCCGUCUCCGGGGGGUUUCCAGCCCAGCCCGUCUCCUCAGCCGUCGCCGAGCCCCGCCAACUCCAGAACCCCCCAGAACUACGGCGUGCCCUCCCCCGGGCCACUCAGUACUCCAGUGAACCCGAGCUCGGUGAUGAGUCCGGCGGGGCCCACGUCUCUGGAGGACCAGCAGUACAUGGAGAAGCUCAAACAGCUCUCCAAGUACAUCGAGCCGCUGCGCCGCAUGAUCAACAAGAUCGACAAAAACGAAGACAGGAAGAAGGACCUGAGUAAGAUGAAGAGCUUGCUGAACAUCCUGACCGACCCCAGCACCAGGUGUCCCCUGAAGACGCUGCAGAAAUGUGAGAUCGCUUUGGAGAAGCUGAAGAACGACAUGGCGGUGCCGACGCCCCCUCCCCCGCCCGUGGCCACCAACAAACAGUACCUGUGUCAGCCGCUGCUGGACGCCGUCAUGGCCAACAUCCGCUCGCCCGUCUUCAACCACUCCCUCUACCGAUCCUUCGCCCCCGCCAUGAGUGCCAUCCACGGACCACCCAUCAUGGGGCCGAACAUCUCCGGACGCAAGAGGAAGCACGAGGACGACGAGCGGCAGACGAUCCCCAACAUCCUGCAGGGCGAGGUGGCGCGCCUCGACGUCAAGUUCCUCGUCAACCUCGACCCCUCGUACUGCAGCAACAACGGCACCGUGCACCUCAUCUGCAAGCUGGACGAUAAAAACCUUCCCAGCGUUCCUCCGCUGCAGCUCAGUGUUCCCGCCGAUUAUCCCGACCAGAGUCCGCACUGGGCCGACGACGGAGAGCAAUACGGUGCGAACAGCUUCCUGCAGACGGUUCACAGGAACAUGACGUCCAAACUGCUGCAGCUGCCCGACAAACACUCGGUGACCGAGCUGCUCAACACCUGGGCUCGCAGCGUCCAGCAGGCCUGCCUGUCUGCAGCCUGAGACCCCGCCCACUGCUCCCCGUGCAUGCUGGGUAAGACCUGCAGAUGGGCAUCAUCAGAGCCGAAACCCAUUACCGAUUUCUCUGCUGCUCCUUGAAUGCGUCAUGAGUCUGUUUCUGUUAGUUUAAAUAAAGUUUUAGUCCCUGUUUUGUAUGACGUCUUUUUGUAUUAAAUAAAAUGUGUUCACUUCAGUCCAA